CCUGCCGAGCGCCUGCGCGCCGGGCGCCAUGGCCACGCCGGCCAAGCGCAGGGCCCAGCCCCGAGCCGCCGAGAGCUGCUCGGAGCCCGAGUCGGAAGCGGAGUCGGGCUCCUCGUCGGGCUCCUCGUCGGGCUCCUCGUCGGAAGAGGAGGAGGAGAGGAUCGGUGAGGAGGUGAAUAUUGAGUUUGAAGCACAUUCCAUAUCUGACAAUGACUACAAUGGGAUAAAGAAAUUACUACAACAGUUGUUUCUAAAAGCUCCUGUUAACACUGCUGAGUUAACGGAUAUAUUAAUACAACAGAAUCAUGUUGGAAGUAUUAUUAAGCAAGCAGAAGUCCAAGAAGACAGUAGUGACGAUGAUGAAGAUGAUGAUGAAGUCUUUGGUUUUAUAAGCUGCUUAAACUUAACGGAAAGAAAGGGUACACAGUGUGCUGAGCAAAUCAAAGAGCUGAUUCUAAGCCGGUGUGAGAAGAGCUGUGAACAGCAUGUGGUUGAACAACUGGAUAAGCUCCUCAAUGACAGUACUAAGCCUGUGGGUCUUCUCCUCAGUGAAAGAUUCAUUAACGUGCCACCACAGAUUGCUCUGCCCAUGCACCAGCAGCUUCAGAAAGAGUUGACUGAAGCACAGAGAACAAACAAACCUUGUGGAAAGUGCCACUACUAUCUUCUUAUCAGCAAGACCUUUACAGAAGCCACAAAGAGCAAUUCAAAGAAGAGGGGAAAGGGAAAUCAGCAGAAGGAAGAAUUAAUGUUUGCAAAUGCAGAGGAGGAAUUCUUUUAUGAGAAAGCCCUUCUGAAGUUCAGCUACUCUGUGCAAGAGGAAAGUGACACUUGUUUGGGCGGGAGAUGGUCCUUUGAUGAUGUCCCAAUGAAACCUUGGAGGACUGUUAUGAUAGUUGCAGCUGAUGGAAUGAAUGUCAUUAUGGAUAAACUCAAAGACUAUCUCUCACUCUGAGCAUUUCUAUGAACACCAUUUUUUGUAAAGCAGCCAUGCAGAACUGUGACUUCACAAUCUUCUCAGACUGUUCUAGAGUUAAUGGUUUUGUGCUCCUCAAAUGCUUCAUCUGUGCACUUCGAAGACAAGUAGUUGGUACAACUAAAAAUAUCCAUCAAAUUGCUAUGUUUAAAUAUUGUAUCUUAUUACAGUUUGGUAUAAUCCUUAAGCAGUCAAUAAAACCCCAGUGUUACAAGGAAA